AUGAUGGAAUUCCCUGCGCUCAAUGGGCAAAGUGUGGCUUACGCCAUGCUCAAGUUCCCCUCCGAAUCUGUGAACCCGCCACACACUCACCCCCGCGCCGCCGAGCUGCUGCUCGUCCUUGACGGCGCGCUCUCCGUCGGCUUCGUCGACACGGCCGGCAAGCUCUACACGCAGGACCUGGCCGCCGGCGACAUGUUCGUGUUCCCCAAGGGCCUGGUGCACUACCAGUCCAACCCGGGGCAAAGGCCCGCCGUGGCGCUCUCCGCGUUCGGCAGCUCUGCGCCCGGCACUGUGUCCGUGCCCGUUACUGUGUUCGGCACCGGUGUCGAUGACGCCGUGCUUGCCAAGUCAUUCAAGACCGACCUGCCCACCGUGCAGAAGCUCAAGGCGGCGCUCACUCCACCUCCCAAGAAGUGA